ACCAGUAAAUGAGUUAACAGUUUGCUCGACCUCAGCUCAUAUCUUUUUUAAUUUGUCGUCUUAUAUAUUCUCAUUAUCCUGAAUAUUUGUAAUAUUUUCUUACGCUUCUUCACUGUCUCUAGUUUUGUUUCGGAAGGUUUUUUAGCUGAAAACAUGGCCGAAGAUUCCCUGUCUAAUAUGUAUAGGAGUUCCUUUAAUGGACUACCUUCUAUUCGCGAACCAGUCCAAAUGACCUCAGCAUACAGCACAGUCCUCCCCUCCUACGGGACCAAGCGGGAUGUUGGAAAGGCUCUACUGCAGACUUUAGGAGCACCCUCUAACUCUGUGCGGGACAGGAAAGCUCCCGAACACUGGAAUGCGGCCCUCAACAUGCACGUUAGACUCAGCGACAAGGACAAGAACAAGGCCGAAACUCAGCGUGAUGCCUCCAACAGGCUCAUCAAGGAGCUCGACCAGAAAACCAAGUCCAAACAGGCUGAAAUCAACCGUAGACUGCAGGACAGGAUAACGACUGUAGCGUACUGGAAACAGCGUCUCACAACAGAGCAUGCCGCUAUCUGCCAGGAGAUUACCAAUCUCACCAUGUCCAAACAGAAGACCCAACAAGCUCUCGCUAGCACUGAGCUUCCCACAGAGGUCAGCACCAACUGCUUGAAGAACAGAGAAAACAGAGAAGCCAUUGAUUUGGUGCAGGAUCUUGUGGAUGACGAGCUCAUCAAUGAGUUGAACAUGCUGAGCGAGGUACAGAAACUCCUGUCCAACCGAAUUAAUGACUCCGACACCAGACUGAGGAAUCUCAACGACUGCAAGUCUAAUUUGGAAUACGACAUCAGAGAUAAGGAGGAAUGUUUGAGGCUGGAUGAGCAUUGUUACAAGUUGAACAACGGCUCUGCUGGACUCCAACAAAUCGCUCAACCCAGCCUUUACGACGGACACACGAGCACAGUUGACAAGCACGAAUCUUUCUCACAAGACAACCUGGAAAAAAGUGAAAUUGCUCGAGUUAUGAGUUGUUUACAGAGGGAACUCAACGAAUUUAGCAUUAACAAGUCCAACGACGAACUGCAGAAGCAGUCCGAGCUGGUUGGCUCCAUGUUCAGAUUACGUCUUAAGGAGCUCACUGACGCCAAGACUGGUCUUGAUGGACAAUUGGAGAAGACAAACCAAGAGAUCUCAAGUGUGGAAGAUUCUCUCCACCAAUUGAGAGAAGCCCUCCGAAGCAAGGAUGGUCCAAUGAAGGUGGCCACCACCAGGUUCGCCGUGCGAGCCAAGCGUCCCAAUGUUGAACAGACGCGUGAUUACGUUCACGGAGGUCUCCUCUCUGAGAUUAACGAUAUCAAUGGCUCCCAGGAGGCCCUUAAGCAACAAAUAGCAUCUGCUGAGGAGACUCUUCACCGUCUGCUGAAGAACAAGGAGCGACUCCAACAGGACAUUGCCAUCAAGAAGAAGAGUAUCCAGAUUGAUGAACAACAGUGCUUGAGACUGAGGAAGACUCUAUCGUGGAGAGGAUUCAGACCCGCUGGUAUGUAAGAUAUUUACUGCGUCAGAAGACUCACAUCGCCAUGGAGACCACGUGUGGUUACAGUGACGUCACAUGAUGUUCUGUCACGUGAUUCCAGCAAGCGUUUAGCCGAGGUUAUUGAUAGUGAUGUCAGUAGGCUUGAACCGUUACUCCAAACUCUGCACCAUCCUGUUUUUACCAUACAGGCAGUGCACUAAUGUUAGUCUCAUAGUAUGUUUUAUCUUGCAUGCCUGUGGGCAUGUAACUAGCGUUCAAUUUUACUUAUGAUUGUUACUUUUCGUGGAAAAUGGAAGUUGGACCAUGUGAAAGAUUUGAUAGAUUCAAUUUUCAUCUGAAUUUUCCAUGCAGCAUUUGGUUAAUGAUGAUAACAAAGAGAAAAAUGAAAAUAAUAUGUAAAACUGAAUAUUGUGCAAAAUGUUAUAUAUAAGUAUUUUGGUUUUACUUUAAUUGUUAAUAUAAACAAUCUGCAAAA